GGUGUGUGUGAUAUACAAUCCCUCAGCCAAGCACACACCCAUGUCACAACGAGGGCCACAUCUAUAAACUGACAUUGUGUUUAAGUAUGUUCCUGUGAGAGGAAGACGGGCAGAAAGAGAGGAAAGAGAGAGAUACAGCUGCUCAAGUCUCAGGUCAAACUCUUGGAAGGUUGAAAGAAAGAAGCAAAAAGAUGAAGACUUUGCUCAUCCUGGCUCUGUGCUCCGUGGCAGUCAUCUGUGUGACUUCAGGUGCCGCCACCGGACCCCAGCCUGCAGAUGACAAACCAGCUGAUGAGGGAUUGUUUGUGGAGAGGGAGCAGGCCUCCACGGUGGUGAGACAGAAGAGAAAUGCCGGGCAGUUAUCCCUGACUCAGCUGGAGAGCCUGAGAGAAGUCUGUGAGGCCAACAUGGCUUGUGAGCACAUGAUGGACACAAAUGGCAUCAUUGCCGCCUACACCGCCUACUACGGGCCAAUCCCAUAUUAGAAGCAAGACCAAAACUUUACAGCUCAGCAAAGCUGCCUUUUUUCUUAUCUUCUUUUUCAUCUGCAGAUUUGCUUUUGAGCUGAACCUUUUCUGCAAGCGGAAUGAGAUCGUAGUCUUUCCUGCACAGACUUGCAAAAGUUGUAUCUCAGUAGUGUGAUGAAAGCAAAUAAAAGAAAAUAAAUCUC